AAAGCGGCGGGGUGGGGUGGGGGGGCCGGAGAAAAGCGUGGCUUCUCCUGCCUUUCCCUGGCCCCCCUCCUUUCCCGCCCCUCCCGCCUCCCUUCCCGCGGCCAAUCGGCGCGGAGGGAAGCGCUCGUGCCGCUGACGCCCCCGAGGGAGCCCCCCUUUUAAAAUAAAGCGGCGGCGGCGCGGCGGGAAGAGGGGGGUGCGCGCUGGCUUCGCUCGGUCCCGCGCACCGCAGGGCGGACAGACGGACAGAGCUCCGCAGGAUGCGCGCAGCCCCCGCGGCCAGGGGCUAAAGCGGGCGGGGGACGAGAGGUCGCGGAAAGGAGAAGGAGAAGGAAGGCGGGAGCGGCGCGCCUGGAGGGUCUCGCGCCCUCUCCGAGGAUGGCGCCGGUGAGCGAGCAGCUGGAGCCGCAAGGCGCGGGGGGAGACCCCGCCGCCGCCACCCCCCUGCCCGAUCCGCCGGCGGUCGAGGAGCCGCGGGAGAACGGUGGCGAGUGGUGCCCCGGGAGCGGCGAGAGCGGGGCCCAGCCCCGGGCGGUAGCGGAGGCCCCCGGGAGCGCGGGCUGCCCCGGGAGCGCUGCUGCGCCGGAGCCCCCCGAGGGCGGCUGGGGCUGGGUGGUGAUGCUGGCCGCCAUGUGGUGCAACGGUGCCGUCUUCGGCAUUCAGAACUCGUGCGGGGUCCUGUUCGUCUCCAUGCUCCGGCUCUUCGGCAGCAGCGAGGACAAGCAGCUGGUCUUCAAAACAGCAUGGGUGAGCUCUCUUUCUAUGGGGAUGGUCUUCUUCUGCUCCCCAAUAGUCAGCAUAUUCACAGACCUGUUUGGCUGUCGAAAAGUAGCUGUUAUUGGAGCUGCAGUAGGACUUGUUGGACUCCUUUCGAGUUCUUUUGUGAGCACCAUUGAACCUCUGUAUUUCACCUACGGGAUCCUGUUUGCCUGUGGCUGCUCGUUUGCCUACCAGCCAUCCCUGGUCAUUCUUGGGCACUAUUUCAAGAAGCGCCUUGGACUCGUGAAUGGCAUUGUCACYGCAGGCAGCAGCUUGUUCACGGUGUCACUGCCCUUCCUCCUGAGGGUCCUGAUCGACUCUGUUGACCUGUACAACACCUUGAGGGUUCUCUGCAUCCUUAUGUUUGUCCUGUUCCUGGCUGGAUUUACAUACAAACCCCUUGUUCCCAGCACCAAAGAYAAGGAGGGAGGAAAGAAGGGAAAGUCCAAGUUUCCUCCCGCGAAAAAGAUUUGCAAUUUCUCCGUUUUCAAAGUUCUCAGUUACCGAAUCUGGGCUUUUGGGAUCCCAGCUGCACUUUUUGGAUACUUUGUGCCUUAUGUUCACUUGAUGAAUCAUGUAAAGGACAGAUUUGGCGACAGCGUGCCAGAAGAAGUGCUUCUGUUAUGUCUGGGCAUUACUUCAGGAGUUGGCAGAUUGGUCUUUGGCAGAGUUGCAGAUUAUAUUCCUGGUGCAAAAAAAAUUUAUUUACAGGUGGCCUCAUUCUUUUUUAUUGGCCUGAUGUCAAUGAUGAUUCCACUGUGCCAUGUCUUUGGGGCUCUCAUCGCUGUCUGUCUCUUCAUGGGCCUGUUUGAUGGGUGUUUCAUUUGCAUUAUGGCUCCUAUUGCCUUYGAGCUCGUUGGGGCGGAGGAUGUCUCCCAGGCCAUCGGGUUCCUGCUYGGGCUCAUGUCAGUGCCUAUGACAGUUGGCCCACCCAUUGCAGGUUUGCUGCGGGAUAAACUUGGCACCUACGAUGUAGCAUUUUACCUGGCUGGAGUCCCUCCCAUCAUUGGAGGAGCUAUUUUGUGUUUCAUCCCCUGGAUCCAUGAACGGCAGAAGUUGAAAGAAAGAGCAAAACAUGUUGAUGGAGAAACUACUGAGAAAAUGCUGGAAAAYGAAAGCACUUUUGUGUCAGACACAACAGUAAAGCCAGUCAAAGAACUGGAUUCUGGCUUUUGAUGCCUUUUUUUUACCCUGUACCAUCCUGACCUCCUACUGAAACUAGAUUUCUACUUUUUGGCUGAAGAUAUUAUACAAUACUGAAGAAGUCAUGAACUAUURCUCAAAUUGUAAGACUGCUACAAGAAUCUUUUAUACCAUUGAACUUUUUUUGACAAGUUGUUGAAUUUGAUUUCAAGCCACAUUUUCAAGGUAUUUGAAGUUUUGUAGCUUUAGUGUGUACGUACGUAGUGAUUCUGUGUGUGAAGAGAAUAUUUUUCUAAUCCAUCAGAACUGAUUUCUGGAAAUGUGAAAGCUUCUUUUUCCUUCACUGACUCGGGAUUCUUCAGUGAUGUCUAUGAUCCAUCCAAUGCAGGCACACCCCCCUGGAUGUUUAUACUGGAUAAUGUAGUAGCUCUCAUGAAUGAUCUGUUUUUUGAAGUUUCUCAUGCUGUUUACAGUCUUUUAUAAUUCUCUAUCAUGAACACAAAUAUGCAUCUUUUUGCUGAAAUGAUUUUUUCAUUAGAAAGCUAAAUUAUUAAGCACCUCUUGAAACACUCGCUUGUGUUUGCGUUCACCCUUCACAGUAGCCCAAACAAAGAACAUUAAGGAUGGCAUUUUUGAUGGGCUCAGGUUUUGAAUAUGCACAAACCAAGCUCCAAGUGCAAACACUUUCAGAAGUAAAGCUGCUGAAUAAUAGUUGUUUUGUUUUUUUUUUUAAUUUGGUGAAGGCAAUACUCUAAAGGUGUACAUGUACUCUUAAGGCUUUUUUCAGCCAAACCUCAGAGUAGUGGAUAGUUUUGAAACUGUACUGACUAAUUCUUUGGAGCAGUAUUGUGAAUUAGACUAAAUUUCAAAUUAUUCUGUUGUACUUGUUAGGAUUUUUUUUGUUCUUAAAACCAAGACAGCUUUAAAGGAUACAUUCUAAGUGCAAUACCAAGUUGUUUUUAAUGUGGAAAUAUACACAAGCUAUUAAAAUGACAUUCAGCAAUUAAAGAUUUUUGCACUAAGUGAACAUGCAGGUUUAUUACAGGUCUUUAUGGCUGUGCUUAAUUGCCUGUAGGAUAAAUAGCUCCAUAUUUUAUUCAAAUAUAAAGAAAUGUCUUUGCAUGUCCUAUUUCUUGCUUAACAUCCURAAGAAAUGGCCCCAUUGCUUAUGUAAUCUUAGGUAUUAUGCACUGUUUGUCAAGCAAGUACUUCUGAAAACCUCUUUUUCUGAAAAAUGUUUAAAUGCAUAAUACUUUGAGUUAAAAACACUGCUUUUCAGUUUAUCAUAAACUGCUUCUAAGCACAUUGCUUGUUUGUGGAUAUGGUUCAAUAAUCACUGGAAUACUAAGUCAUUCUUUGUUUCAGGUUCAUUUGAUACCAGUAAUUUCUGUUGCCUCAUUUAAAACCAUCAUAGCAAAGAGCAAACUAAAUGUGAUCUGGACAAAAUGUGUAUUU